GAGUCGCCACCCGCAAGCCGUCGCAUGUCCAGGAGGUGGCGUUGUUGACUCUGCGGCUUCGAAAAGGUACCCCCCCCCCCCCCCCCAAAAAAAAGGGGGGGGGGGUAGCGGAAUCCGCUUGGACUUCAUUUUGAUGCUCUCAUCGGAGUGAAGAUUUUUGCUGAAUUGGCGCUCGAACUGCUCCCCUGUGAUGGGGCUUUGGUUGGGGGGAGCUUUAGUGAGCUCUCCGCGGAUCACGUGACCGCAGAGAACACUUCCUCCCUUCAGUUUCCACGGUGACGGGCUCCCUCCUGCUCCUCCUCCGCCUCCUCCUCAUCUUCAUCUUCCUCGGCGUGUCCACUCGCUCGUCAUUGCCGGCGUCAGGAUGGCUGAGAAAGGAACCAGGGUGUUUAAAAAAGCAAGUCCCAACGGGAGGCUCACCGUCUACCUGGGGAAGAGGGACUUUGUGGACCACGUGGACCGAGUGGAGCCCGUCGACGGCGUCGUCCUGAUCGAUCCCGAGUACUUGAUGGAGAGAAAAGUCUUUGCCACGCUGACCUGCGCUUUCCGCUACGGCCGCGAGGAUCUGGACGUGCUGGGCUUGACCUUCCGCAAAGAUCUCUUUGUGGCCAACGCGCAGGUGUUUCCUCCCGUCGGCGAGGCCGAUGGCCGCGCCACCCGUUUGCAGGAGCGGCUGAUGAAGAAACUGGGAGAGCACGCCUACCCCUUCACCUUCCAGAUGCCGCUCAACCUGCCUUGCUCGGUCACGCUGCAGCCGGGCCCCGAGGACACGGGAAAGGCCUGCGGCGUGGACUUUGAAGUCCAAGUGUUUUGCGCGGACAACGCCGAGGAAAAGCUUCGCAGGAGGAACUCGGUGCGUCUGGUGAUCCGCAAGGUUCAGUUCGCCCCCGAGAAAGCCGGGCCUCAGCCGGCCGCCGAGACCACCCGCCGCUUCCUGAUGUCGGACAAAGAGCUCCACCUGGAGGCGUCUCUGGACAAGCAGAUCUACUACCACGGCGAGCCCAUCGCCGUCAACGUUCACGUCACCAACAACAGCAGCAAGACGGUGAAGAAGACAAAGGUGUCAGUGCGACAAUACGCCGACAUCUGCCUGUUCAACACGGCGCAGUACAAAUGUCCCGUGGCGUGCCAAGAGUCCGAGGACGCGGUGGCUUCCGCUUCGACCUCCUGCAAGGUUUUCACCCUGACGCCGUUCCUGUGCAACAACCGAGAGAAGCGAGGCCUGGCGCUGGACGGAAAGUUGAAGCACGAAGACACCAACUUGGCCUCCAGUACGCAGUUGCGCCCGGGCGCCGACAAGGAGAUGUUGGGCAUCGUGGUGUCGUACAAAGUCAAAGUCAAGCUGCUGGUUUCUCGAGGCGGGCUCCUGGGAGACUUGGCCCCCAGCGACGUGUCCCUGGAGCUUCCCUUCACGCUGAUGCACCCCAAGCCUUGCCCGGAGUCGGCGCAGGGGGAAGAAAGUCCGGCCGGGGACGCGUCUCAUCCGCCUUGCCUUGCAGCCGCCGAGCGAGCGCCGAGCGACGCCAACCUGAUCCGGUUCGACGCCACCGGCGACGACAAUGAUGACGACAUCGUCUUCGAAGACUUUGCCCGUCAGCGGCUAACCGGUACGAGAGAGGACGAGGGCGAAGAGGCGGCGGAGGUUCACGACAGAUAGAGCGGGGGCUGAGCGGGGGCGCCGCCCGCAGGUCCCGGGAACGCUCUGCGGCGCACGUUUGUCUUCUGGGACGCGUCUCCGGUUGACGUCCCACGGCGCGAGUCGGCCGACGACCAGGCGGGACGGGGCGCUUCCACGUCCAAUCGAAUUCCACUCGGAGCAUCUGCAUGCGCACGGUUCCUGUUCAUCGUCAGGCGACAGUCCGGACGAGUCUCUGAGCCGGAGAUGGCGCGGGAACACCUCCGAUGCAUCUUUUUGGAAAUGAAUAGGCG